GUGUUCGUACGAGACACAGCCAUAGCGAUUAGUUCUAUCCGUAUGGCGACCUUAACCAGUCCCGCGUUAGUUAAAUAACAAAUCUAACUGUUAAGAAACAACGUAAUAGAACAUUUGAAACGCAAAAAACAGUCAAUUUCAAUGGAUUUUAGCAAAGAAGAAUGUCUCACUUUGAUUCAAAUCGUACGCGACAACGAGUUAUUAUACAACCCAUCUAGUGCGUUUUAUAGAUGUAGACAGAAAAGAGAGGAAAUUUGGAACCAGAUAUCAUCCGAAAUAAAUAAACCAGCUGCUAUUUGUAAAAAGAAAUGGAGACAUCUAAGAGAUCACUUUCUUCGAGGUCAUCUCAGAAGAGGAAAUAGCGUUCAUUCUUGGACCUAUUACGAACCAUUAAGAUUUUUGGAAAUUCUAAGACCAACACGUCCUCCAGAUGGGAAAGCGGAAAACGGUGCCGACGACGAAGACGACGUUUUUUCUGAAACGGAAGAAGUGCAAUCUAAGAGAUCCAAAAUGGACGAUACCGAUAAAUACGUUUACGAGGAUCACGACGACAUCGGAUUGAUACCGGUGAACGUUUUAACGGAAGACAGUUGUUCGACGGACGACGUUAAUAUAGGAAAUGUACAAAACGAUAGAGACACCGAUAUGUUUAUGGUCGAAAUAUCGAAUAGAAUCAAGAGGCUACCUCACCAAUUGCAAGAUAUCGCCAAAGUUAAUAUUUUAGCUCACAUAACCGAAUUGGAAUUGCAAAAUGAACAAUCCUGAUUCGAAUACGAAUUUUACUUAAGGAUCUGGGUUCUGAAUAUAGUUACCAGGAUUCAUAAUUAUAAUAAAGAUUUAUCAUUUAGAAUUAAAAAAGAAAUAAUCAUCAUACUUGGUAAUUUUAAUAUGGAUUUUUUAUUAUACAGUUUUGACUCGCACUGUAUGAUAAUUUUGGACACUUUUCAUGUGCGUUUUGAUUAAAUUUGCGCGAUGUUUUUUCGAUUAAACAGCAAAUUCAAGUUUCAAAAAAAAAUAAUAUACUGGGGUCGAACGGUUUGAAGUUGAUUAGGUAUAUGGUAUUCCUAAGGAGACAAAUACAGUGUAAUUGAAGUUAAAAAUUGCUUACAUGGUAUUCCCAAUGUAAAAUAUCUAAUAAGACUAAAGUUACAUUGUAUUCCAAAUCAAGAAAACGUGUGAUAAGAAUCAAUUGAUUUUGAUCAUACGGUAUUCCUGAUUGAAAAUAUACAGCUCAAUUAGAAUCGAAUUUGAUUGCAUGGUAUUCCAAAUAGAGAAAACGUGUAAUAAGAAUUAAAAUGAAUUAUAUGGUAUUCCAAGUACAGAAAAUUUGUGUCCAAAUCGAGAAAACGUAGUGUGAUUAGAAUAAAUUGGUGAUGAUCAGAUGGUAUUCCAGAUUAGAAAUAUUUAGUCAAAUAUAAGUAAAUUGAAUUUGAUUAUGAUAUCCCUAUAUAUAGUGUGAAUACAGUGAAUGAGAAUUAGUGUACGGUAUUCCUUAUAGGAUAUAUAAAUAAAUUGGAAUUGCUUAUAUGGUACUCCAAAUGGAGAAAAUGUGUGAUUAGAAUCAAUUGAAUGUGAAAAAAUGGCAUUCCUGAUUAGAAAUGUAUUGAAGAAACUCGAAUUUGAUUCUUUGAUAUUCUUUAUAGAACAAGUAUUGUGUGAAUAGAACGUGAAUUUGUAUAUUAAUUAUGUAUUGAAGUCGAUUCAAAUCGAUUAUAUGGUUUACUGAAUGGAGAAAAUGUAGUGUGAUUAGAAUCAAUUGCAGUUGUGGUAUAUGGUAUUCCAGAGGGGAAAUGUAUAGUCCGAUAAAAUCCAAUUAGAUUUAUUAUAUGGUAUUCCGAAUGAAGACAAUGUAAUGUUAUUAUAGCAAUUGAUCCUGAAAAAAUGGUAUUCCUGUUUGAAAAUAUAAAGUCCAAUUGAACUGAAUUAUAUUCUAUUUUAUGAUAUUCCUUAUAGAACAGAUAUAGUGUAAAUACAGAGAAUGUGAAUUGAUUAUAUGGUAUUCCCAAUGGAUAAAUAUUUGAUUAGAUUCAAUUGGGACGAAGUGGUAUAUGGUAUUCCUGGUGGAAAAUAGAUCAUGCGAUGCAAGCCAAUUGAGGUAUUCCAAAUAAGGAAAAUGUGUGAUUAGAAUUAAUUGGAACCGGUUGGAAAUAUACAGUCCAAUCAAAUUCCUUAUAGACCAAAGGUGGCGUGAUUAGAGUAAAUGUAAAUUGAAUAUAUGGUAUUCCAAAUGGUGAAACUGAUAAUAUGGUAUUUCUACUGGUAUAUAUAAAGUCUUAAGAUUAAUUGAAUUUUAUUAAAUGGUAUUCCAAUGAAGAAAAUGUGUGAUUCGAAUAAAUGGAUUCCGAAAUAAUGGUAUUCCUAACGGAGAUAAUGAGGUGUAAUGGAACUCAACUGAAAUUAUGGUAUGCAAAAUGGUGAAAAUGUGGUGUAAUUCGAAUCAAUUAAAACUGAAAAAAUUGUAUUUCUAAUGGAGAAAAUGUUGUGUGAUUGAAGUAAAAUAAAAUUGAUUAUAAAGUAAUCCAGAAAUGGAAUAUACAGUUCAAUGAAUAUCACUGAACUUGAUUUAUAUGGUAUUCGUAGCGGAGAAGAUGUAGCAUGUUUGAAGUCAAUUGAAAUUGUAAAUAUGUUAUUCCUAACAAAGAAAAUGUAGUAUGAUUAAAGUUAAUUGGAAUUGAUUAAUUAUAUGGUAAUCCAAACGAAAUUUAUAACGUAUUAAUAUCUGAUAUACCUGAUGAGACAAUCUAAUUGACGUCAACUAUAAUGGAUUUUAUGGCAUUCCUCUUGGAAAAUACAUUGUGUGAUGGGAAUAAUCUGAAAUUAAUUAUAUGGUGUUCCUAAUGAGAAAUAUACACACAUUUAAAAAUACUAAGAAAAAAAUUAUAUUCACUCAUCCUAUAUUACAUGUAUAUAUAGCAAUCAAUAACUUUUAUGAAUUACGACAAUCAUAAAAAACUGACAUAUAAUAAAUCAUUGUCAUUAUACGGGGUCAAUUCAAUUUGUUGUUGGAUACUUUUUAUAAAUACCCUGUAUAUCACAUAUUCGAAUCGUCGUAUUAUAAACGGAAGUGGAUUUUGAAUUGCUAAUAAAUUUUAUUUGGCACAGCGUUGCGAAUGGUCCACUAAAAACUUUUUAUAAUUUAUUUUUAAAAAAUUUUAUUCUCGACAAAAGUUACGAGAAAUCGUCAAUAUUUCAAAUAUUCACAUAGUGUACAGGGGGAAAUAAAAAGAAGGAUUAUUGAUCACAUCACUAUGAUAUUGAUUGUUUUUUUUCGCGGUUUCUUAGUAAAAAUAUGUCAUUGUAUGUAUGUAAAAUGAAUAAGUGUGGAUAAAAAAAUUCUAUUUUUUGUUUUUCCUUGUACAUAGUUUGAAAAUUUAUAAUUUCGAUAACUCAAAUGGCAGUUUUUCAUGUUGCAUAUAUUCGUAUAGAAAAUAAAAUGAAAAUUUUUCGUGUUUUUAAGUGCAGAUUUUUGUAGCUCAGUGUAUAAUGUAAAAAAAAAAUAUUUAAAUACGAAGUACGAUAUUAUUUUUAUUAAAACUUGAAUUUACAUGUUUAUUAAGAUAUCUCGAAAAAAAUUAUUAUUUAUAUCUUACACUGAGAAAAAUAUUUUUAUCAAAGAAAAUAAUAACAUUAAUUUUUAAUUUAAGUAAAAAUUUAUUAAAAUUAAGAUUCAAAUUUUCUUUCAAAGUUUUAUGAAACGUUUAAACGAUUUAUAGUAAGAAAUUGUUUAAUUUCAUUUGAGGGGGGCAAUAUUGAAAAAUCAUUUUUUUGAAAAUAUCUUACAAACGUGGAGAAAUACGAAAAAAAAUGUGGGGAAUAAAAUUUCAUAUAAAUUCGUUUCUAAUCAUUUUCGAAGUAUUUGUAAUAUUAAUCGAGAUAUUUUCAAUAAAUAAUCAAAAAGA